AUGCCUCAGGACAGAUACAGACAACGUGGGAGAACCACUGUUGUCGAUGCAGAAACGCCUGUACCUUCGGGCGGUCAUCAGAAUGCACUCAGGAAACUCACUGCCGUCGCCUGUGUUGACUGUCGCAAACAGAAGCGCAAGUGCAAUGGCGAGCGGCCUUCAUGUUCUGCGUGUCAGACCAGAGGACUGUCAUGCGCUUAUGGUGUCGUUGAGGGUGCAACACGAACCGAAGACCUGGAAAAAAAGGUCUCGUCGCUUUCGCUGAGAGUACGAAAUCUCGAGUUGUUUGUCAACAAGUUGAGGUAUAGCACCGACAAUGAAGCGAGCGCAAUCCUCGCCCAGCUUAGACUUGGAGACACAAUCGACAGGAUCCUUGGCGUCGACAUGGCCGACGGCAUUUCGGACAUGGCUGAAGGAGAGCAGCUGAAAGAGCAGGCGUUGCCGACACUCAAAAGCGUGUCGACGUUUGGCAUCGGAUCUGCUCACAAUCCAACAGGUCCGUCUAUGCUCACCAGCCUUCCUCUAUACAAUUCAACGCUUUCGGAGCGGAGUGUCAGUGUUGCAGCAGGCAGUGUUGCUUUGAUGGACGAGGGCAAGGGAGAAGCAAGUCUACCACGACUAGAACAUACGGCUUCUCCUUGGGCACCGUCGUUACGACCACAAGAAGUCAUGGAUCGAUCUCUCCUAUCCUCGUCCACAACAGACUCAAGUUCAUGCCUAGGCUCGGUCGCGUUGGACAGGCACACAAAGAUUCUCGCCGACCACAGGGCGGAAUGUGAACUGCUGAACAACGAAGCUCGUUCGGGAGGCGAUAGCAUCACCAUCUCGUCGAACCUAUUUAGCCCUGUCGGAACUGCCCCAUCAUCGCUGCCUCUCGCCUCCAAGUCACUUGGUGUGAACUUAACUGCACCUGCAUGGGCAGUCGCCUCUAUAUAUGUCAAGGACCAUGUGGACAUGAUGUCCAGUGUCUACGUCAACUUCAUUCAUGAAGCCAAAAGACUCGUCGUCUCCAGUGUCACUCCAGAUCGCUUGUUCGGACUCAUUCCAGCUGUUGAAGCCCUCAUGAGCGAGCCUGCUUUCCAGAGGACUUCCUUGCUAUCGCAGUGGACCGCAAGACUUGCUAAUAGCUUUGGCAUCCCGUCCUUGCCGUGUCGCAUGGCCGUCAUGUGGCUCCAGUGGCUUCUCAUGCGAUGGUUCGUCUACCCGAUGCCGGCAACAUAUCUUGUUAUUCUAGACUGGUAUAGACCAACGCCAUACCAGAUACUCGUUCCACAUCCUAUUUACAUUGACUUCCAUAUCUGGCCAAGACUUCGAGAUGCAAUCAUCCAGCGUGUCGAUCUGCAACGUCAACCAUUGUACUGGUACUCUGAGGCAGCUACAACUAUCGACUGCAAUUGGUCCGGUAGUAAUCAAGACGCUGUGUCCUAUGAUAGCAAUGCUAGGUUGACGCUCUCGAUACUGUUCGUUCAGCACCUGAUGGAUCUCAGCAACUGGAGUGUCGGGCCUUGCAUUCGAAAGCAUAUCCCAGAUGCAUGUACUGUUGUCCAGAUCAAGUACGGUCCGGUGCAGAAAAAAAAAAAAGAGGGGGGAAUAACGAAAAAAGUCAGGAAGAUAUCAGCAUAUACAAAGACAUACAUACCAGAACGCGAUCGCCGUCCUGUAAGGAAUACAUGGCUUGACAGCGCUGUUGAACAACUGUCGAAAGCAUUGACUCUGUCCUAG